AUGGUCCUCCUCAAGAGAAAGCCAGUACAUCUACUGCCGCCGCCUACGAGCAUCCCCGAUCACGCUGAAGUCUUCGUUAUGCGAGGCACCGACGAAGUGUUCACGGACUACGAGAAGUACCUCAAGCGUUUCGAUUGGCUCAACCAAAAAAAGUUUGUCGACGCGGUCAAUGGCAAAUCAGGCCUCACUUACUGGGAUGCGCUAGCGUCUGAGACCAAGAGCUCCGCUGCAGUCGAGAGUGUAUUCCCAGAUCCUCUACGCGAUCCCAUCCUGCGAAAAGUGCAAUUCUCGAUCAUCUCACGAAUGGACGAGCUUGUCAACACGAUAUAUGCAGAGUUCAAGCAUGACUUUUUCCCUGGGGAGGAAGUCAUCGUGGCGCUCGGCGACGGCGAUCAAACACAGUACACCGGUAUCAUCCGAGAAAAGGCCAAAUUUCCUAUGAUCAGAGGCGCGGAUGGGAGCAUUCAACGCGCGCCAUUCUCGCGAUACUUCGUCAGACUAAACAACACACAAGCCGAGGAAGCUCUGCUGGACGACAAGCACUUACGACGUGACCGGAAAGUCUUCACCAAGCAGAACCUACGCGCUUUUCUGAAGAACUCGUUACAACGCGAAGCCUGGACAGGCGCACCCUGGUUGGUAAAGGAGAAUCUGGCCAUCCAAUACCGAUUACCCAUGGAGAUUCCUGCCCACCUCCUGCAGGACGCUCGACUCCUACACAACAAACAGCAUAUGCUUAUGCAAGGACAACCACCGAGGCAGAAGAAGAUGACCUCCGCCGACUACAAGCGGGUGCAAGCAGAAGAGUUGCAAAUGCUGCACAUGCAACAACAGCAGCAACAUCCUGGUGCACCGCCGCAACAGCCACAUCUCAGCUACCACAGCCAACAACCUCAACCUCGUAUAGGUCGACCACCUCAACCACCUCCGAUCAAGUAUCCAAUUGAGGAUCUGGACGUCGCGCCAAAGCGAAAUGGAGUUACACGACCUGAACUGAAGUUCUUCACUGAGGAAAUGGGCCAGUACAUCACCAACAAGCGACAUACCCCGCCCACAGACAUCGAAAUAGAGUCGACGGGAAUGCUACUGGAAGUAUGGAACACACUGAACGUGCAAUGCGAAGUUUACGUGCUUGAUAGCUUCACCUUCGACGACUUCAUCGAUGCUAUGAGCUUCCAGUCAUUGGACACGACCUGCGAGCUGUUCGACGAAGUGCACUGUGCUGUGCUGUCGCAAUUCGUGGACGACAAAGGAAAGAUACAAGUCAAGGGCUUGCCGAAACAAGUCGAGGACACCCCAAUGGAUGACUCUGAGGUGCACGAUGAAAGCGAGGUUUCGACACCUAUUCCGGAUGCACCCGCACGGUCUACCCGCAGUCGGCUGAGCCACAUGGAAUCUGCAGCAGACAUUGAGAUGACGACUGAAGCGCCGAAUCGUGCGUCAGAAAUGAUGGCCGAUCGAGACUGGGCAGCACAGUGUGCGGCACGCGACUAUGCGGAUGGAGGCUGGCAAUUGAUCGUUGUCGGCAUACUCCACCAGUUGGCAGCAUCGCCAUCGUUCAAGAGCAGAUGCGAAAAGAUCCUUGCGCAUCUUGCUCCCAUGGACGAAGAGCCCACCCGCGAGACAGCUCGCGUACAGUACGCCACCAUGGACAUCAACCUGAGGGUAUCUGCGCUACAGAUACUGACCAUCCUCACGAUUCAGACGGACGCUGUCAAGGACUUCCUGGAACAAUGCAGUGAAGACAUGACUGAUGUGCGAAAGCGUAAGAUCGAACAUCAACGCGAGAAGAAGGCUGCUAUGGAGGAGUUGGCGAUCAAGGAUCGGGAACGCAAAAUCCUACUGCCCGACAACAUGCCACCAUCGCCAAAGCCAGAGUCUGUCGAGCCAGAGGCCACAGAGGCUACCUUGGACAGCAUCGAUCUCAACGCGGCCGGUAGUUCCGACGCCGAUGACGACGAGGCACCGACCAAUGGACGUUCACUACGGCGAGGCAACGAUCGCAAGCGGAAGCGUGAAGAAGACAAUGCCCGGCGCGAGAAGGAACGAGCAGAGAAAGCCGAAGCUGCAAAGGCACAGAACAAACAAACGAAGGAGUUUAAGAAGCUUUGCAACGAAGUCGAGGCGCUGCACCAGAAGAUCAGACAGCUGGAAGAGGAAAUUGCCGAUUGUGACGGGGACUUGCGCGAGGCUAACGUCCAACGCACAAAGGUACUCGGCAAGGACCGCUUCUGCAACCGCUACUACUGGUUCGAGCGUAAUGGACAGCCUUUCGGUGGACUUCCUUCGUCGAGCACCGCUGCCUACGGAUACGCGAACGGCAGAAUAUGGGUGCAAGGCCCCGACCCAAUGGAGCGCGAAGGCUUUAUCGAACGUACUAAGGAGGACCAGGCUCACUAUCAACAGCGAUUCCGAAUGACUGUACCCGAGCGCCGCAAGCAAGAAGAAGGCACCACCAUCCUGGACAAUGCCAACCAGUGGGGCUUCUAUGAUGAUCCAGAUCGUCUCGACAACUUGAUCAGCUGGCUUGAUGAGCGUGGCGAGCGCGAGAAGAAGCUACGCAAGGAGCUCUGCGAAUGGCGCGACAAGAUUGCCCAGUACAUGGAGGCGCACAAAAAGUUCAAGGGGGAAGAGGCCGCGAAGAAGAUCGACGUCGAAGAGGAACAGAUCGCACGUGUUAAUACUCGUCACAAGGCGCACGAGGACCAGACCGCGAGUAAGGAGCGCUGCCUCCGAUGGACGAACACCAUGGCACUCAACGAUAUGGGCCAUCUCCAUUCAGAGCCACCGAAGCCUAAGAAAGCGAAACCCGCAGCCAGGGAGGUGAAGGGUUUGGCUGUCACAGUUACCCGUGGUGCUAAGCCGAUGACUCGACAGGGCGAGAAGUACAACUUCAGCAAGUAA